GUGGAAAUAGGGGAAGGGGUCAGAUUUAUCCUGAUGGUAGCAAAAGUAACAAUACAGUUUAUAAUGCUACGGCAGGAGGGAUAAUAAGCAAAAUUUUACGAAAAGAAAAAGGGGGAUACGAAAUAACCAUAGUGGAUGCAUCGAAUGAUCGCCAAGUAAUUGAUAUUAUCCCUCGAGGCCUAGAACUUCUUGUUUCAGAGGGCGAAUCCAUUAAACUCGAUCAACCAUUAACGAGUAAUCCUAAUGUGGGUGGAUUUGGUCAAGGGGAUGCGGAAAUA